AUGCAUCACAUCAGCAUACCAAUGUUGCCCAUGCAGGCGGCGUCUACCACUCCGUUGGUGUACUCGACUUCGGCUUCUGCGGUAGCUACGAUUAGCCAAGAUCGACAAGACGCAGAUUUCGUACUUCUGUUGCAGUUGACAUUCUUAACAGCACAGAGGGUGACUAUGGGCUGGCUCAAUCGCUACAAGCCCGCAGGCUACACAAUCGCCUCCCUUGCCAUCUCAAUGGGCGGCUUUCUCAACGGCUAUGACACAGGCUCCAUCGGCGCCGUAGUCACAAUGCCACAAUUCCGCGCAACAGUUGGCGACAUCUCCCCGUCAGUCACUGGUCUAACAGUCUCGGCCGUCAUGUUCGCGGGCGCCAUCCCUUCUUCCCUCGCCGGACCGCCAGCAGAUAAGUACGGUCGAAUGCCCGUCGUUGCGUUUGGUGCUGCUCUGUUUGCGAUCGGGAGCGUGCUGCAAGCUUCGGCGUUGAAUUUGGCACAAUUUAUUGUCGGUCGAAUCUUUGCUGGAGCUGGGGAGGGGGUGUUCCUGGGAGUGCUCAAUGUCUACAUCUGCGAGAUUGCUCCUAGCAGCCGUCGAGGUACCCUUGCCUCACUACCACAGCUUUUCUCGGUCUUGGGAAUCUGUAUAGGCUACUUCAUUUGCUACGGUACUGUGCGGCUCGACUCUUCCAUGGCCUGGCGUAUCUCCUUCAUCAUAAUGGCCAUUGUCUCGACAGGGCUUACAAUAGCCUGCUUCUUCCUUCCUCCAUCGCCUCGAAUCCUCAUUCUCCAUGGCCGACGAGACGAAGCCAUCAAAGCAAUAGAGCAGCUAGGGAUUCAACAAGCCGAAGCAGAAAAAGACAUCCUGCGGGUUCGAGACGAAGAUCUGGCCAUGACACGAAUCACCUUCUGGCAAUCCUUCACCACAAUCUGGAAACGCCAAUACCGAUCCCGCACAAUUCUCGCCCUGUUCAUACUCGGUAUGGUCCAACUCUGCGGUAUCGAUGGCAUCCUUUACUACGCACCCACUCUCUUCGCCCGCGCCGGCCUUCCGGAACAGACUGCCGGAUUCCUCGCUUCCGGGUUGUCAAGCAUCCUAAUAAUCGUCGUAUCCAUCCCUGCUGCCAUGCUGGCAGAUAAAUGGGGUCGUCGGACCUCCAUCAUCGUCGGUGGGAUCUUGCUCUCCGGGUUGAUGUUCUUGAUGGGAGCGAUGUAUGCUGCUCGCGCUGUCCAUGUCACGGGAGCAGGACGAUGGGUAGUAAUUGUAUCCAUCUUCCUCUUCGCAAUGACCUACUCGGCUACUUGGGCAUUCGUUGGCAAGAUCUAUGCGUCUGAGAUUCAGCCGAGUCAUACGCGGGCUGCGUCAAAUUCGGUGGCGCAGGGGUUGGGUUAUUUCACAAACGGCCUCGUAGCCCUCAUAACGCCAAUCCUCCUCGCCAAAUCAGCAUUCGGCGCCUACUUCCUCUUCGGUGGCCUUAGCCUUGGAACCCUGAUCGUGCUAGCUUGCUACAUGCCUGAGACUCGAGGCGAGCCACUUGAGACUAUACAAGAAGUGUUCUCCAAGCCUUUACGUGUUCAUGGACUCGAUAGGCUACGGUCAAGGAAAGGUGCGAGGGGCGCCUCAGCACUGACCACGACGUCUGGAGUAGAUUUGGGUGAUGAGAUCGAGCUUGGCAGUCAUGAGGUGCAGUUGGUACGAUCAGGCUGGUGUAAAUCACGGCGACAGCGCCACUAG